AUAAAACAUAAGGGGCGAUUUGUAAGCGCCCAAAAAAGUGUAUUAAAAAAAAAAAAAAACAAAAGAUUGAUUGCAAGUGACAUUUAUAAAAAAGUAAAUUGCAGUAUAUUUUUAAAAAAAAUAGGAAGUAAAUUACAGUUUUUUUUUUUGUUUGGUGUUUACUAUCGUUUAUAAUCCAAAAUGGAUAAAAUAUUUCACGAGAAGCAAGAGGGUUAUCUUUGCGCUCAACAUUGUUUAAAUGCACUUCUACAAGGACCGUAUUUUAAUGCAGUGGAUCUUGCUAAUUUGGCUCAUCAAAUGGACGAAGAGGAAAGAUUAAGAAUGGCAGAAUCCGGAGUCGACAGUGAAGAUUAUAGACAAUUUUUAGAGCAACCAUCGGGCAAUGUUGAUGACAGUGGAUAUUUUUCGGUGCAAGUUAUCAGUAGUGCUGUUGAUUUUUGGGGUUUGGAUCUUAUUCCCUACAAUAGUACAGAGCCAACUGCUCUAAUGGCACAAAAUGAUCCUGCACAAAUGAAAGCGUACAUUUGCAACUACAGAGAUCAUUGGUUCACAAUUAGAAAAUUAGGAAGUCAAUGGUUCAAUUUAAAUUCUUUAAUGAAUGGACCACAACUUAUAACAAAUACAUAUUUGGCAAUGUUUUUAGCUCAAUUGAUUCAAGAAGGAUAUUCGAUUUUCAUUGUGAUUGGUAAUUUUCCACCUUGUGAGGCAGAUGAUUAUCUAUUGAGACAUCCUGUUAGACAGAGGCAAAAUUCGGAAAAUUCCAAAAAUCACAAAACAACUGAUAAAUUGGAUAAUGAGGCAAAAUUAUUAAAAGCCGCAUUAGAAGGUAUUGGCGAAGUAAAAGUACCAUCGACAUCUGGUACAAAUAAUCGAAAUUUACAAAAAUUCACAAAAUCCGAAACAGAAAAAUCAUCAGGUAUUGAGAGAAUUAUUCCUGUAAUAACAUUAGAAGGUUCUGAACAAGAUGACGAUGAGGAUGCUGAAUUACAACGUGCACUUCAAUUAAGUUUAGAGGAUGUUAAUGAGGAUAGUGUUAAAAAUCCACUUGCAUUACGAUUAGAUUUAGCAACAAAUGAUAAUGCAACACAUUUAAUUGAUGAAGUUGAAGAUGAAGACGAAGAGGAUGAUGAAUUAAGACGUGCAUUACAAUUAAGUCUUGAGGGUUUUUCAACGCCAACAACCUCUGAUCAGGAUGAUGUUAGAUGGCGUCAUUUACCAAUUCUCACAAUGUCUAGAUCAAAUAAUGAAUCAACUCAAAAAUUAAAUACAUAACAAUAUAAUAUAUAGUUAUUGUAUAAAUAUUUCUUCUCGUUCAUCAAAAAAAAAGGAAAAAAAAGAAAAAAAAAAAAAAAAAACUAAUGUUGUCUUUUAUGAUACAUAUUUAUUUUCAUUUUGAUUAUUGUAAUUAACUUACAACAGCUAACCUUGGGUAGCAAUGUUACUUUAUAUACUUGAAUUAAAAAUAUCCUAUCGUGGAUUUAAUCCAUAUAAUAAAAAGUUCUAUUUCACUUCUAA